AUGCAGAAUGGCCCCCCUCCACACGAGACCCCCACGGCCGAUCAGAACAAUGACCAAUUGUCGCUAUGGGAUCGCUUUACGAGUCAAUUUCAUAUGAGACCGCCGGAGGAUGACGAGCCUCAGUCGUGGUGGAUCGCAUCCACGGCUAUCCCGUUAGUGGCCGCUGCGGCUGGACCGCUAGCUAACCUGAUGUCGAUUGUUGCGCUUGUCAUGCCGUGGAGGAGCAUCAUUCUCUCUACAGUAGAAGGGGACGCUGGAAAUGAUCCCCAGACGUUUUAUUCUGACCCUCAUUGGGUUACGGGGUUGAACGCAGUUUCGCUUGCAUGUGGUAUUGUUGGCAAUGCUUUUUUGCUCCUGAAUUUUACCCAAACUGUGCGAUACAUUGUUGCUUUGCCAGUGACAAUUAUUUUGUGGUUCUUGGCUACUGGGCUUCUGGCUGGACUGACCUCGGCUCUUUCAAUAUACGAUCCUCCCAUCCCUCCAAACGAUACUUACUCUGAAGCCUACUGGAGUGCUGUAAUCGCUGCAAUCCUCUAUUUCAUUUUGAGUGUUCUUCUCAUGAUUAACAUGCUUGGCUAUUUCCUUGGAAGAUACCCACAGCAUUUCUCGCUCACUGACGACCAGCGUACUCUCAUUUUGCAAAUGACUGUGUUUGUGGCUUGGUUGCUUAUUGGUGCAGCUUUCUUCCAGAAAGUACUCGAGAUCUCAUUUGCAGAUGCCCUGUAUUUCUGCGAUAUCACAGUCUUGACUUUAGGCUUUGGUGACGUAGUAGCUCAAACAGACCUCGGAAGGGGCCUUGUUUGGCCGUAUGCUGUGAUCGGAAUCAUUAUGCUUGGUCUCGUUGUUGGGAGUAUCCAUCAAUUCGCUCGGGAGGUCCACUAUGACAAUGUUGUUCGAAAGCACAUUGAAAAUAAGCGGCAGCACACUUUCGAUCGCUCUAUCACUUUUGACAAGCUCAGCUCCACAAACCCCGAGAAGACACUUCCUCCGGCACUCGAUUCCCAAAAGACCAGUGUCAAUUACCGGUAUAAGAAACAUCAACCGAUCCGAAACACCAUUCACGCACUUUCCGCAGAGCGACGGCCCAAACUCCUGAUCAUGAGAGAGGAAAAGGACCGAUUCGACGCUAUGCGCGGGAUUCAACACGAAACAAUGCGCUUUCGUCGUUGGAACGAUUUGUUUAUCAGCAUCAUUGCUUAUGGGAUCGUCUGGAGUUGCGGAGCUGCUGUGUUCUGGUCGCUGGAAGGCUGGACUUAUUUUGAGGCGCUGUACUUUUGCUUUUGUUCGCUGAUCACCAUUGGAUAUGGUGAUUUCACCCCCAAGUCAAAUGCUGGUCGACCCUUCUUUGUGGUGUGGUCCCUCAUAGCCAUUCCGACCAUGACCAUGCUCAUCUCCCAGAUGAGUGACACGGUUGUUGCUGGCUACAAACAUGGCACAGUGAAGUUUGCUGAAUAUUCCAUCAUGCCCGAGAGUGGAUCAUACCAGUCUUUCUUCGCUCGUUUCCCGCCUAUCCGGAGAUUCCUAGAGAAACGCCGGGAGAAAAAGCGUCUGGAACGUGGUUUCCAAGUUGGUGCAGAUCCUCUAGAAGACACGACCGAUCCAGAGAAUGGGCAGCCCGAGACCUCGAACAAACGAACCUCGUCCCUGACCCCAUCUCGAACCCCUCGGACCAGCACGAAUCACCCUACGCGGACUCUUGAAGAACUUGCACGUGAUACCCCGUCGCCUUAUGAGCUUGCCCAACAACUUGCAUUUGCCAUUCGCCAUACUACCCAAGAAGUGCGGCAAGGAAAGCGUAAACGGUAUACCUACGAAGAGUGGGUGGAGCACACUCGUCUCAUCCAGUUUACCAACCCUCGGACUAGACCUUCUUCAGCAGAGGGAUCAUCAAGCCAGAAAUUGGAUAGAGAAGAUGCGGUCAUUCUCGAUGAAGAUGAGUAUGGUGUUUUAAACUGGGACUGGAUCGGCGAGAACAGUCCCAUGUUGGCGCACCAAACUGAACCAGAGUGGGUUUUAGACCGACUCUGUGAGAGUCUGGUGCGAUAUGUGUCGACUCAAGAGCAAGCCCGUGCUAGAGAAAGAGGCCAUACCGAUGAGAUUGCCGAAGCGGCGACCUUGAAAAAGGAGAAAGAUCUAGGCAUCGAGGAGCCAUAG